UGCAAAGCCACUCCAGCAAGAACAGUUUCCGUAGUUGCUGUUGAUAGGCGCAUAGUCGCUGCUGCUAACCGUACGUGCUAUGGACGGAGUCCAUGUUCCAGCAUCCGAACCGUCCGGUCGGAAAGACGGUAGUGCAGUUUUCAAUGUGACAAUGUGAAGUGUGUUUGACAACCGAUAGUACGCGAGAACAACUUGCAGCAUGCGGUGCAUAGAGAUAAGCCGGCGUAAAAAAGCACCCUACCGUAUCGAGUGCAGAAUUUCCUAUGAAAACUGGAGGUUUGCAAGUAUGAGCAUCCGAUCGGGUGUCGUUGACUGGUGUUCAGAAGCAGUGGAAGCAACAAAACCCGCCAGAGUUAGACAUUCGAGCCGCAUCCGCACGUACAGAGGUGGCAGCAGGUGGAGCGGUUGCUAAAAGCGAUGGUGCUCAGCACGGAGUGGUCGCAGGUGGAGAUAAUAGACCUGAUUAACGAUGGCAACGGGCUCGGCUUUAUGCUCGUAGGUGGCCGGAGCACGGGCGUCGUCAUUAAGGCACUGAUACCGGGAUCGGUUGCGGAACGCGAUGGCCGAUUGCAGAGCGGCGACCAUGUGCUACAGAUCGGCGACGUUAAUCUGCGCGGAUUCAGCUCGGAACAGGUUGCGACGGUGUUGCGCCAGUCGGGCCAGCAGGUACGCCUUAUCGUUGCCCGCCCGGUCGAGCCUACCUCGCCCGACUACCAAGCGAUCGCCAGUCAUGCCCCGAUCAUUCCAACCAAAAUGCUCACCGAUCCGGACGAGCUGGACCGCACACUGCUGCAGACGGCCGGCUACACGUCCGGUGCGUUCCUGCAGUCCAUGGUUGGGGGCGAUGGCGGGGGAGCGGUGGAAGGAAACGGUGAAUCAACGCUGCCGCCGAUAGCACCAACGACUCUCGGGCUGCUGGCGGCUGCGGGAGAAUCGGGCAGCGGCGGAACAGGCGGUGGCGGUGGUCUCUGCCCGACGCACAUCGAGGUGGUUGCGGUGAACAACAACUUCAACAGUGGCACUCUGGUAGAGCAAGGUUUGCACAAUGGAACAAUGAUGGCGCCCGCCUCCACCGUAACGAUCCCCCCGGGUCAGCUGGUGCAGGUGAUGAACAACUUCAAUAAGCAUCAGCCGGUGAUCGGUGGCUGUAAUAUUACUUCGUCCGAUAAAGGAACGAUCAACGAUGGUCUGAGCAUCGAGCCCGCCAGUACGCCCCAGUCACCGUACGGUGAGAUGCUUGGUGGGCCACCGGACACGCCUGAAACGGAGACGUACGAAGUGGAGCUACGCAAGAACGUAUACGGCCUCGGCAUAACCGUCGCAGGGUACGUGUGUGAGGAAGAGGAUCUGUCCGGGAUUUUUGUGAAAAGCAUCAUCGAAGGCAGCGCGGCGGAGAUGAGUGGCAAAAUAGCGAUCAACGACCGCAUCGUGGCCGUGGACAGUCGAUCGCUGGCCGGCGUGACGAACCACCAGGCAGUGGAGAUCCUACGCAACACCGAUAUCGCCGUGCGGCUUACACUCGAGCGGUUUCUGCGCGGGCGCAAGUACGAACACCUGCAGGUAGCGCUCAUCGAUCCGGUACCGGUCGCGAUGCCCUGCCAUGGCACGAGCGGCCCGAACUCCGCCGGAAAGAUCGGUUGCUCGCAGGAGCGGAUCAUCAGCAACGGCAGCUCGCAUUCGGUAGCAAUGCACGACAACGAUGGGGGACACUACGUCGUCGGUGAGCUUGGUGAGAUGGUUACGUCGUACUCGCAAACGCUGUCGCACUGUGCAUCUCAGUGCCAAUCCCAGCGCUGCUCGAUCGUCCAAUCGCCCUCGGCGACAACGCUAUCUAUUUGUCCGGCACGGUCCGACGCGGACUCGAUCGUAACCGAGUGCGGUGGCUACGAUUGCGGCACCAUCGAGCCGGAACUCGAGUCGGGAACAACGUUCGACUCGAGCGUGUUCGCCUUGGAGCACUGUACCGCGGAGACGCUGUCCGGCGAUGACGGCGAGGGUGGCGAUCCGGCGCUGUACGAAAACAGUACGGUAAUAGCAGCGGCAGUGGCGGCGGUAGCGUCGUCUGCGGUGACGGCCCCGACACCGACGACGGUAAACAACGCCGGUUGUGGUGGCGGUGGCAAUGGUACUAUAAGCUGUGAUACAAGAUCGAUGCCGCGUGGCCGCGAAGUGGCCACCGAUCCGGUGGUGGAACGCUGGGCGCGUGAAGUACCGCACAGUCAGAUCGUGAUCGCCGACAUUCGAAAGCUGGCCGGUCUCGGCAUCAGCCUGGAGGGUACGGUCGAGGUGGAGGGCGGCGUCGAGGUGCGCCCUCACCACUACAUUCGCUCGAUCCUGGAGGAUGGGCCGGUCGGACGAGACGGCUCGCUGAAGCCGGGCGACGAGCUGCUGCAGGUGAACGAACAUCGACUGCAGGGCCUGAAGCACAUCGAGGUGGUGAAGAUCCUGAAGGAGCUGCCGGCGCAGGUGCGUGUGAUCUGUGCGCGCGGCAGCUCACCCCCUACUGUGAUCAACACGUCGCGUAACGCGGAAGCGUUCGAGGCGCGCAGUCUGCUGGCGGGCGGGCUGCAAAGCCUGCAGAGUCUGCAAGGCAUACUGACCAAGGCGCAGUCCGAGAGCUCGCUGUACACGUCCAGCACGGCGACACUCACCGACCAGCAGCGCUCCAAGUCGGUCGAGCAGGUGUCCGGGCUGGCGCUCUGGACCAACGAGGUGCUGUACUGCGACAUCGAGAAAACGGAGCGCGGCUUCGGGUUCUCCAUUCUCGACUACCAGGAUCCGCUCGACACGGAAGGCACCGUCAUUGUGGUACGGGGGCUGAUCCCCGGCGGGUCGGCGGAGACGACAAACUUUAUCUUCCCGGGCGAUCGGCUCGUCUCGGUCAACGGGCACAGCCUGCAGAGUGCCACCCUCGACCAGGCGGUCAGCAUACUGAAGGGCAUACCACUCGGUCCGGCCCGCAUUGGCCUGUGUAGGCCGCUCUCGACCUCCGACAACAAUCUCUCCUCGACACCAGAAACGCCCACUACCUAGCCGAUCAGGAGAACGCACCGAGCUUUUUCGAGUACCUACUGAACAGUUUUCGAGUACCUCGGUGUGCAUCAUCGAGCUGGCAGCAGCCGAUCGAGUAGCUGAAGCUGAAGUUAGGGAGUAGAUGAGAGCACUCUGAAAAGAAAAGGUGAAGCGUUUUUCGUCCCCGGCAGGAUUGUGUUCCUAGGCGCAGCGAUCAUUCAGGAUAACAGGUUUGGUAUCUUUCUUCCUACUUAUUUUCUAUCUCAAUACUCUUACGCGGUAUAAGCAAACCGAUGCUUCUACGUACGUGUAGAGUGCGGGUAUCCUUUAUGUCGUGUCUUUGCGCUAUCUACAUCGAUGCAUCCGUUGACGAUGAACUAAUUAACAUGCUUCACUUCAUCAAUGUUCUUGUUCUUCCCGGAAUGUGCGAGGCAAAGUAAAAGCCUAAGAUGAUUAUGAUACUGAAGGGAGGAUAAUUUACAGGUGGACUAGAGAAGGCCACGCAUUGAUCUAAUAAUUUUGAUAUCCUUUUUCUAACUACUUCACCUAAGCAAGAGGACUAAACAAUUUUCAAAUGUGUGGCUCUUCAUCUUCUUUCUUGGUGUUAAACCAGCUUCGGUCAUGUCUGUUUCACUCCGUAGAGGCAGUAUAUUACCUGCAUAAACGGAAGAUAUCCCAAAGCUACCAAUGCUAUACGUCGCGUCCUCCACCUCAUAAGGAUUGCCAUAGAAGUAUCCUGUAUAGUUGGACCCACUUUCAACAAAUCGUUUAAUGAUACUCCAUUCGACGUUUUGUUAUGUUAUGUUUCCUCGAUCAUGGAUUUAGCCAUUUACACUUCUAUUCAACACUUUAACAUAUAAUCCAUAAGCAAUUGAAAAGAGUGUUUAAAACGCGUUCCUUAUAAGAAAACCAUAAGCCAUUAAGAGCUAAAUUUUGUUUUUAAAUUAAGCUUCGUGGCGUUUUUAUAUUUGCUAGUAGAUUUGCGUUAUACAGUUACAGUACAGUGCGUUACAGUAUGUCUGUAUGCUAAUAGUGCCGCCUUUCCCUGGUGAAGUUUACGUCUAGAACGCGUUUCCUGCCCCACUGAGGAAGGGACUCUGAUCUUCUCACAUACAGCCAAUGAGCUGUCUUUUUCCAUUUUUCGUUCUUGUGGCUUCAAUCUUCUUAAGGCUUGCUCGUAACUGUUAGGGAGGGUGAUGUUGGACUCCUUCCAAAGAAGAUCAUUCUCAUAAUCUUCCCCGUUAUGUUUUAGUUUAUUCUUCAUAAUAUCUAAAGCUAAUUUGUCGCUUUUGGGGUCCAUGGCAGUGUUAGUUACUUUGAUUCACAUUUAACAUUUAACAUUU